AUGAAUAUCGCCUCCAAUCAGCCUCAUGAUCCAACCCAGCCGAUCGAACCCUUCCUUAAAAGUUUAUUGGCUUCUUUAGAUCUUCUGUAUUUCCCUUCCGGAACCAAUACCCAACCACCAUUCCCCAAUGUCGAGGCGUACGCUACUCAGUUUGGCAAACAGCUAAAAACAACAUGUGCUAUAAUAUUUGACGGCCAUCCCUUGAUUCCUCAGCCCCCGGCAAACGACUCUCGUCUAGAGUUCCAGAAGAAAUGGCUAGCGUGCCCUCUCACGUCGCACCAAAUUGGCUCUUUUGAUUGCCACUUGAUUCCUGGCACGGGCCUCUACACUGUCAAUGUUUACGGUAAAGUUCGUUAUGACGAGAGUGGGAAAUCAAGGCUAGGGGAAUCGGCUGAUCUUGUACAACCUAAUGAUGCGCCAACAAAACCAAGACCUCUUUGGGGCUCGUGGUAUAGCUUCAAUCUUAAUAUGGUGAUUGACGAGGCUGUGGCUCGUAGUCCCGAGAUUGAGCUGAUAAACAGUUUCAAUUACAGAAUCACAUUCAAGCCAGACGACAGUCUCAUUUGCAUAUAG